UUGGGUCUUACAGGAUUUACACACUCAAUAUGCGAAGGUACUCCUAUUUUUUAUGGCUCUUCACCGUUUGCGGACUGUGGGGAAGCCAGGCCAAAAACCAGGAGAAAUGCUCAGUUCAUGAGAUUGCCACGAAUCAGCAAAAGUGGUUCGGAUACACAUCGGAAAAUCAGGCAGAAACUCAUGCGAAAAUAGACAAACUGAAGGCAGAGUUGGAAGGCCAACUACAGGCGCUACAGGUGAAUACGGAACUCCAACAACAGACGCUAAAGGACGUUAUGGAGUCUCAAAAGGGAGUCAUAAAACCGAAAAUAAACAAAAUGAAGGACGAGAUGGAAGGCCAACUACAGGCGCUACAGAAGAAAACGGAAAUCCUACUUCAGGAGCUACGGGAAAUUGCGUUGACUCAAAAGGCAGUAGUUGAGCCAAAACCUUCGCAAAAAGUUUCACAGACGCGAUCAAAACUGUUUGAAAAGAUUGGCUCGAGAUACUUCUACUUGGAAAAGAAUCUUUCAGUAAAUUGGUUUGAUGCGUUUCACAGAUGUCGUCAAAUGGGUGGAUACCUGGCUACAAUCAACGACGAGAAGGAAUUCAAGUUAAUCGAUUCUACCCGUCCAUAUUGGUUCGACAUCACCUCACUGGCCAAUAUAAAGACGCUUAUUUCCACUCGCACCGGGAAACCUCCACCAUACACUAAAUGGCAUAAAUUUCAUCCGAGGACCAACGUUUUUAUCUGUGCAGCCUUCAACAACGUGCUAAUGUGGAGUCAUAACUGUUAUGAUGAAUUCUCUUUUAUUUGCCAAAGUGACCAAUGAGAAUCGAUACAUUUAUUAUGUUUGCGAUAUGAAUUUCUUAUUAGAAAACAAAGAAACUUUUGGGUUUAGGGAGCAAUGAACAGAAAGAACUGUGAAUAAUAAAUCAGUUUUAAAUGUAUA